AUGGCUCGGAGCGAGCACCAGAGUCCUCUCUGCAAGGGCCUUGGUGCCCAUACAGGUUCUGGCUCCCUCAAGGCCAAAGCUGCUGUGCUGUCCUGGGACCAGGAACUAGAGGCAGCUUGGGAUGAGAUGUGGCCCCCAAAGACGAAGAAGUCCCCUGUUGGCAUCAGGUUAAAAAUGAACACCUUCAGAGAGUCAGAAGCCAUCUGCACAGGGACCCUGAGGGAUCUGUUGCUGGAGCGACGUCCUCCAAUCCUGACUGACCUGGAUGUCCCCGGCCCCACCAAGUACAAUGUGCCCAGUGCAUCUCUACGAGAGUCUUCCCCUCACCCCCACUACACCAUUGGCUGCAAGUACUCAGGCAGAGAGGGAGGUGGCCGCAGGGCAUGACAGACCCUGUGGCUCCAGAGUGAAAGUCCCUUCACACAGAAGGCAAAAGGAAGUCUUGUAGCCCCGUGUCCUGACUCCUCGCAGUGGCCAUCAUCGGCAGAGUACAAGCCCCUCAGCCAGCCUGCUUUCCCAUCCUUCACCUUUGGAGGCCGCCGCCACUCCACAUUCAAGAUACCUGAAAGCCAUAACCGCCCAGGGAUGUUCUGAGCCCAAGGUCCUUGUGCCUGUACCCCACUCUUUGUUGCCCCUCGGCCAUCUGGGGAGAAGCGCUCCAGCCCUAACACAUACAACAUUCUUCCUGGUAAUCAUCUGCAGAGCACAUGUUCACCUGCCUUUACCAUGAGCUGCUCACCUGCAUUUGCCUCCUGGGUUAGCACCUCCAGAACCCCAGGUCCGGCUGCCUACUACGUGGAAGACUGCUACAACUCACACUUUCCUUCUUCUCCGGGAGUAGUCAUCCAGGGAAUACGCAGAUCCAAGUGCCAUGACACAGGCCCCUUCUUCACACUGUAGACCAAUUGGAUCUAGACUGCAAAGGUGACCUCCCCUAAGGCUUUCCUAGGUCUCUUUUGGAACUAUUUGUCUGCAGCCUGGCCUUCUGACCCUCUUGGCACCCUGACCCACCCUCUGGUUACCAGACAUUUCUGUAGGCUGUGCAACAAGAAAGUCUGUUCAGAUGUGUGUGGGGGCACUUCCUUG